AUUUGCUGCAGAAGAAAAAAUUUAAAAGGCAAAUUCGAGAAGAAAGCCAAAAAAGAAAGCUCUUCUCACUCUCAGCCUCUCGUCACCACUAACCAGAGAAGAAGCUCCUCGAUAGAGAGAGAAAAUGGGUUUGAUACCAACAACGAAAGAGACGAAGAAUCACAAUAACAGUGGUGGAAGAGGAAUGGGUUUUCUCUUAGUCUUCUUCCCUGACCACACCGACGUCUCUUCUUCUUCAUCCUCAUCUCCGACGACACUCUUCCGCACCAGAUCUUCCCGACUCCUCCUCUCCAAAGCUCAAUCCACAAUCUCAAUCUGCAUCCUCCUCCUUCUCCUCACCCUCUUCCUCUUCACCCUCUCCACCUUCGAACCUUCCUCCGGCCUCCCCGCCGUUUCCCACCGUCGCUUCCUCCUCACUCGCGACGUCGUCCCCAGAAGUACUCGAGGCGUUAUCAACAACCGCAACCGCUUCGCUCUCCAGGGGAUGGGCACUCUGUUUCUCAGAGGAACCAAGAGCAUGCACGAUCUCAUCGUCGCUCAUAUCGCCUCCGAUACGACGGAGGAAGAUCUCCGCCUCUUCUUCCGGCUGCUAUACCGCUCCGGAGCCACUUCCCGAUCCGACGUCGUUUUGCUCUUCGAUUCCAAGAGGUUCAACGGAUUGAUCGAAGAAGAGAACCACUCGUUCUUAAAACUCGUCGACGCGUACCGGAACUCGAAUCAAACCGACUCGGUUUGGGGGUUUAAUCUCUCCCGGUUUAUGAAGAACCAAUCGAAGAACGACACGUCUGAGCCUAUCUGGGGGAAGAAGACUCGUCGAGCUACUAAUAACGAGACCGAGUCGUUGACUCACGGCUCGGUCGUGGGGUUCGACGUGGCCGAGUUAGACCCGGAAAACUCGCUAUCCGGGUUCAUGGACCACGUCCCGAUAGCCUUGAGGAGAUGGGCCUGUUACCCAAUGCUGCUGGGCCGAGUCAGACGCAGCUUCAAGCACGUGAUGCUCGUCGACGCGAAGACCUCACUGUUCCUCGGUGAUCCGUUAACCCGGAUUCGCAACCGGAGCCCCGACUCAGUCCUCUUCUUCUCAACCUCCAAACACGGUAACAAGAAAACGUCGGAGAUCAACCCGGCGGUUAUGAUCGGAGGAGCGAGAGGGAUCAGGAGGUUAUCGAGCGCGAUGCACACCGAGAUCGCGAGGGCCACAAUGCAGCAGCAGCGCAAGAAGAAGAGCUCGGCGUCGGAGUCCGUCGUGCUGAGUCAACUGGUGGGGAAUGUUCACAUGACGAAGGGGUUUGAAGUGGUGGGACCGAGUGAGUCGAUAGCGGAAGCGAGUUCGCUCGCUGAGUUGAGGACGAGAAACUCGGCGGCUUCGUCGAUAAAGGAGCAUGAUAUAAUACAACGCGGUAAUAUUUUGGCGGCGGCUAUUAUGAAACGUAUUUGUUCGUCUUCGCAGUUAGAUUCCUCUGUCUAUAGUUACUGUUAGCAUUAUUUUUAUUGUGGAAAAAUACAAAAUUAGCAAAGAUGUUCGUUGUAUUUUAUUAGGUUUUUUGUACACAUUUGACAUUUGUUAUGGUUUCAGAUUUUGUUUCCCGGAUGAUGUUUAUUUAUGUCCACGUUCUAUAUUUGUUAUUGUUUUGGU